CAAAAAAGUAAUUGAUUUUGUUUGUAUCCAAGUCACUUUUGCACAUAGUGGAAACUGGAAACGACUCCAAUGCAUUAAGCCAUUAACACUAUGCACUAUCCUUCCUCUUCUUCUUCUUCUUCCAAUUUUCUUCUCAAAAUGGGUGCAGAAGACGAUGACACGCUCCUACAACUACAACAACCCCAAGAAGAAGAAGAAGAAGAAGAUGAAGAAGAUUCACAAAAGGCAGAGAAAUGGAGGAAGCAUUACUCAUCAAGUCAUAGGAUACUCCUUGUUGGAGAGGGUGACUUCUCUUUCUCUCUCUCUUUGGCCACAGCUUUUGGUUCUGCUCACAACCUCGUUGCUACUUCCAUUGAUUCUCAGGAGAACAUUAUGAAGAAGUACAGUAAUGGGAUAAACAAUGUGAGGGAGCUUGAAGAAAGGGGUUGCCUUGUGCUUUAUGGAGUUGAUGCUAAGGAAAUGGGUCAACAUUUCUUUCUAAAGACCCAGAGGUUUGAUCGCAUUGUAUAUAACUUCCCUCAUGUUGGAUUCCUUUAUCCAGAGAACAGCUACUGCCAAAUCCAGUUGAACAAAAGGUUGGUGAAGGGUUUUCUGUCAAAUGCCAAGAUUCUGGUAAGGAAAGAGGGGGGAGAGAUUCAUGUAACACACAAGGCGGGUGAUCCAUACAGCAAAUGGGGUCUGGUCAAGAAGGCAGAGAAGAGAGGUUUGGUCUUGCAACAAGCUGUUCCAUUCUUCAAGGAUGAUUAUCCUGGUUAUGACAACAAGAGAGCACAUGGAAAAUUAUGUGAUGCCUCUUUCCCCAUUGGAGAAUCUAAUACUUACAAGUUCAAGCUUCAGUCCACUCUCUAAUGAUUACAGGGGUUUAUGAGUUUUAGGUUUGGUUUUGAACAUCAAUGUCAUCUUGAUUAUGCCAACUACCUUCCCUACCAUAAAACUUCAUCUGCCAAACUGUGUGAAGAGAACAGAGAAAAAGUAAAAAAUAGAAGAGAGGACUUGACUUGCAUUUAUGUGUAUAAAACUGAUGGCUGGAAUAUUCAGUCUGAUUCUCUCUUUUGAGAUUCUCAUAAUUCAUUCUUCACUUUAUUAGAGGAGAGACUAAGACUAAAUUAAAAUUAGUUUUUCACUUUA